AUGGCUUCCUACAGAGAUCCAGGCUAUGGAAUUAAUAGCAAGUCCGCAUAUGAUCCAAUAAGAUACCCUCAAUCAAUGAACAUAGAUAUAAAUGCUUAGAAGCCUUUGGGUCCAGAAUCAGGGCCAGGAUUGCCAAUUUAAUUUGGAUCUGCCUCUGCAAGAGCUUAUGCAAAAGAAUUCUAAGUAUCCCCUGAAGUUUAAGCAUUAAAUAAAUAACAGCAAUUUUAGCAACCAACUCAAGGAGCUGCCAUUAUAUAAAAUAUUGUUCAACCUUAAACUAUUUACUAAGAAAUUCAGCAUUAUGAUAAACCAGUUUAGGUUGUACCUCGGACUGAUAUUGAGGAGCCGUGGAGAACCAAAUGCACAUUCUUAGAAAAAUAAAUAUACGAUUUGCAAUAAGAAAACUUCAGAUUGAAAGCUUAAAAUAUUGCAUCUGAAAAGAUUAGCUAUUUUGAGGAUACAGGGAGGGUUAAUUAAUUGAUGCAAGAAGUGGAUAGACUCAAUAAGACCAUUUUAGAUUUGAAUUCUGAGAUUGAUCAAUGGAGACUCAGAUACUCAAAUUUAGAAGACUAAUUGAAAAUGCGAUCUGUUGUUGAUAUGGAACUAGAAAGAAUGAAGAGAGCUGUUCAAGAUAAUGAGAAUAUUGUGUAAAUAGAAAUGAACAGACUCAGAGAUUAAUUAGAUUAAUGGUAGAGAAGAUGUUAAUCUCUUGAGUCUUAAAGAUUUGAAGCCCAGGACUUUCUAUCCAAAUCUAGAACAAAAGAUCAAAAUAUCUGUAAUAUAAUGAUUAAUUUUGUAGUCAAUUUAUAAUCAGACUUGAAGAAAGCAGAACUUAAUUUGAAGUUAAAAUAAGACGAUUUAGAUACUGUCUAAUAAAAAUUAAAUAGAUUUGAGAAAAUAGUACGAGAGACUGAAUAUCAAAACUAAGAAAUUGCCAAUCUUAGGAAAAUCAUUGAUGAUCGCAAUAAGGAAUUAGAAAUCUUAAGAAGGUCAAGUCAAUCAUAGUAGGCUAAUUAAAACCUGAAGGAUUUAGAAAGCAAGGUUUCGUUGUUUUAAAGUGAAUGCAAUAGAUUAAAUUAAUUGUUAAAUCACAAGGAAUAGGAACUAUAAUUAUACAGAGAUUAAUUAAAGAGAUAAUCUCAUUAUAGUAAUAAAUAAUGA